CUGGAUUUCCGGAUAUGAUUGUAUCAACAUAUUUAAUGGUGUAAAUAUCAACAGUGUUUAUCAGAUUUAUUUGUACCGGGUUUAUUGGAAUUCUAAAUAGUUCAUAAAACUGCAUUAACAUUAUACAAGAAGGAAACUAGUGUUAAAAAAUAUGACAGAUCAUAAAUCGAAAUAUAUUUGUGAGCAGGGAUCGCAGGAAUAUAUAGAACGAACGUGUGAAGCGUGCGAAGAUGACGGAAAAUAUACAGCUGCUAGCGGUUGGUGUCGAGAAUGUGAGGAAAAUAUGUGUUCAGUUUGUUUCGGCCACCAUCGUAAGGGGAAAAUCUGCAGAGAUCACGUAUUGCUAGACUUCUCUGAAAAGGUAGCAAAUAGAUCCAGUUCCUCUGAGGAAGGGCUUGUCAAAUGCAAACAGCAUUCCAAUGAAAUAAUAAAGUUUUAUUGUCCAACUCACGAUCAAGUUGGAUGCGCAGACUGUAUUAUUCUGGAACAUAAAGUGUGCAAAAUAGAAUAUAUUCACGGAAGCGCAAUUAAGUUCAAUAGCUUUUGUGAAGACUUGGAAAACAACUUGGAAGAAAUCAAUCGUUUCAGUACACAAGUAACAGGAUGUUUAACAGAUAUUCGAAACAAAAGAACUAAGGCUAGAGAUGAAUUUUCAAGAGUUAAAUCUGAAAUAGAAACAUUUAGAGAUGAUAUUAUCAAGCAAGUGAACAAACUAACCGAUGAAUUAUGUACCCGAGUUGAUGAUUUGCAAUCUAAGAAGAUCGCCGAUAUUGAUAUUCUUGAACAAGAAGCUUAUGAAGUUGAAAAUGAAUUGAUGUCAAUGAAACAUAAACUAGAAUCAUGCAAAGAACACACAAGUCAGUUGUUUAUUGCUACAAAACAAAUAAAACAAACGCUUAAAGAUAUUAGAAACCAGAUGGAUUGUAUUAAUGAUAGAAAUUCACCCGAACAGUACAUUUUUCAAAGAAACGCCACCGUUGAGUCCAUCCUUGAAGACGACUGUGUACUUGGCUGCAUGCAAAAAGCACGCACCAACGAAUACCGUGCAGAAGCAAAGGCACUUGAAAAAGACAUUGAUGCCAAGACUUCUAGUGGCGAAAAGUCUGAGUCCUUGGAAAGACGAUCAUUGCGCAUUGACAACCUUGAGGUUAAUGGGGAAUACUUGAGUUUCACAGAUAGUAGAAAAUACACGUUGAAACUCACAAACGGACUUUUCAUCGGUGAUUUAGGAAUGGACAAGGGAAGCUAUUUCGAAAUAGAAAUUGUAAAAAGUGGAGGAAGUCGAGGGUCCAUAGGUAUUGGACUUGUACCAGCAGACUACCCAAAGCAUAAUUUUCCUGGAUGGAGAAAGGGAUCCAUAGGUUAUCAUUCUGACGAUGGGCGCCUAUUUAUCCAGAGUUUCACAGGAAAACAUUUUGGUCCUGCAUGUUGUGAAGGGGAUAAAAUGGGGUGCGGUAUUUCUCUAACCGACCCAUCGAGUGUAUUUUUCACAAGAAAUAGUAUGAAGAUAGGUGAUGUGCCAUUUACGUACAGCAAUAGAGUGUUCCCUGCAGUUGCUUUGGAUACAUUUGGACAAAAGGUCAAAGUCACACUUGAGGCAAAAUAAUGAACAUGGCGUUCACAAUACAAACAGGCUCUGUAUACAUCUGGAUAAAAGAUGAAGCCCACACCUGAGGCAAAAUGAGGGAUCUGACUUUUGUGUUAAUUUAUUUUUGGAAGAAAUCUAGUGUACUUGCUGCAAAUAAAAGUGAAAUCUAAA